AUGUCCGGAAUUCCGCCAACCUCUCUUGCUACCUGGAAAGCAGUUGCAGCGAUCUUCAUUUCCUUGACCGGCAUCCUUCUUAUUGAGAAGAUCUAUUCCAACAAGAUCAGGUUUCCGUUGAACAUAGGAGUCAGCAAUCCCCUGGGAAUUUUCCCCGGCUGGGCAUCCGGGCUGCGCUCUGGAGAGAGCCAGACAAGCCUCCUACACAAACGGAUGGAACUGCACAAGCAGUCGGGGUCCAAGAAGGAAAAGAAGAAGCGAGGUGAAGACCUCGACUGA